ACGCUCACCCUCCCUCACCACGCUCACCCUCCCUCACCACGCUCACCCUCCCUCACCACUCUCACCUCCAUCACCACGCUCACCCACGCUCACCCAUGGUCGUGGUUGAUGUAGCUGUGACUGUGGUUGUCUUCGUAUUGGGGUGGUUGUUGUUGUUUAUGCAAGUGAUGUGUUUGUUGUGGUUAUUGUGGAUACGGUUGUUGAGGUCAUGGUGGUUGUUGUUGUGGUCAUCGUGGUUGUGGUGUUUGUUGUGGUUGUUGUGGUCAUGGUGGUUGUUACGGUUGUUGUGGUAGUUGUGGUUGUUGUGGUUGUGAUGUUGUUGCUAUGGUCAUGGUGGUUGUUGUGGUGGUGGGUUUUGGUUGUGGUGGUUGUUGGUGUGGUUUUGGUGGUUGUUGUGAUCAUGGUGGUUGUUUUUGUUGUGGUCAUGGUUGUUGUGGUUGUUGUAGUUGAGCUGGUUGUUGUUUGGGUGGUUGUGGUGAUUGUUGUUGUUGUUGUGGUUGUAGGCGUACGAAGAAGUGCGGCUGUCGCUGGAGAAGAGCGACGUCCAGGAAGACAUCAACUGCUUCGUGAAGAGCAAGCAGACCGGGGAGCGCAAGCCUGAUCCGUUUGUGUACGAGGGCUCCACCUUGAUGCUGACGACCUGCGCCGGCUUGCAGAGCAACGCCGCCAGGAAGCCCCCGCUUCACCACGUGCCCAAGGACGAGCCCCCUCUGUCUCUCGACACGGCCCUCUACGCCACCGUGGGGCCCGAGCGGGCGGUGGCCGUGGCGCCCGCGGCGCCGCCCAGGGCCGGGCCGCGUGCGCGCCGCCAGAGCCCCUGCGCCAGCGAGCUCUACGUGGUGACGCACGACUUCACCUCGCGGGUGGAGCCGGAGAUGUCGGUGAUUCAAGGCGAUGUGGUGGCGUCGCUGGGAGACGCGUCGGGCGGCUGGAUGCUCGUCAGCCUGGGCGGCCAAGAGGGCUUCGUGCCCUUCGAUUACCUGAAGCCCAAGUAGCGCCAGCUGGAGCCACGGCACACAACGCCACAGGGCAUCACACCACGUCACACCACGCCACGUCGCGUCACACCACGUCACACCACGUCACAUCACGCCACGUCGCGUCACAUCAGGCCACGUCACAUCACGUCACACCACGUCACACCACGUCACACCACGUCACACCACGUCACACGUCGUCACACCACGUCGCGUCACAUCACGCCACGUCACAUCACCUCACACCACCUCACACCACGUCACACCACCUCACACCACCUCACACCACGUCACACCACGUCACACCACCUCACACCACCUCACACCACGUCACACACCACGUCACACACCACGUCACACCACGUCACACACCACGUCACACCACGUCACACCACGUCGCGUCACGUCACACCACGGCACACCAGAGCAAGACUGCCACGUGUGCGCGUGUGUGUGUGUGCGUCCCCUGUGUAAAUCACCGCGCAGGGGUAUCGGAAGCUAAGCUGGAAGGAGCCUGGUUAGUCCUGGGAUGGGCGAUCACGGUGUGGGCUGCGAGGUGGCCUGCAGGUGGCGGUACAGCAGUCGAUCGCUAAAUCCAUCGAACAUUUGAAUAUGACCCCCUCUUAUACGGUUAAUGCACAGCACCCCGACAAUAGCGGCUGGGUGAUGAUGCCUCUGCUGCUGUUUGCAAUGCGGUGGAGUGAAGGACGCUGCUGCUGGGCAGUGGGAGGCAGUCGCCCUCCAGCAACAGCGGAGGGCAGAGGAGCAGUCUCUGGGGUCACGUGUGACGUCGGUGGGGGGGGGGGCACGCGGGGGAUGUUACAGAAGUCAGUUUAACACGUAGGAGGCUUUCGCGACCAAUAUCAUCUAUAAUGGAGGUUUCUUGGGUUAGAUCGCGUCAGUAUAUGAAUGUGUCGUUAAAACCCGCCACGUCAGUGUUGUGGCUUGGCUCUCCGGCACACCGGUUAGUGCUGUACUAGUGACGAAUUGGCCACGUUCUGUUUACGUGACAACCCUUACUCGUUGGCUGUGUCGGGUGGUGGUGGGUUUUAACGACACAUUUAUAUAUUUACGCGAUCUCACCCAAAAAAAACUCUCUAUUAUGGGUUACAGAAGUCGUUGUGGGGCUAAACGAACAUGUACGUUCAGGAGUAUGAAAAAACACACGAUAACGAAAUGCAAUGAUUUAUAACAAUAAUAAAACAGUUAACAUUCA